AUGAGGAUAAUCGUUUCCCCAGUGAGGGACGAAUCAUUCCUCGUUGAAGUACAAGAUACAGGUACGGUAUCAGACUUAAAACACGAAAUAUAUAUCAUGUUUGGAUACAUUCCUCAAAAUCAAACGAUCGUUUACAAAGGCAAAGUAUUAGAUAACGAAACACAGCUUAAAACCAAAGGAAUACAUGAAAUGUCGAAAGUAUACAUGACGUACAAGAAGCCAAAGGUUGUUAAAAGAAACAGAAACAGCAAUUUCGCUCCUUCAUUAUUAGCAACUCAUCUUGCAAACGUUGAAGACCUUACUGAAUGCAUUGAAGCACUAAAACAACGUAACCCAAAGGCGUCGUAUGUAUUUAAUGAUGCUGAAACAGUUUCUGAAUUAGUUCAAAAGACAUUAGAUCCUGAAAUACAAUUGCAGCGCCAACGUGAAAUGGAUAUCGUCUUGGACUCCCAGGAAAUGCAUGCGGGUGGUUUUCAAGAAUUAGUGAGUAGAUAUCAUUUAAUUGAAGAAGUUUACGAAAAUUCUCAACUUGAGAACGAAAAACUUAUUAAGACCGAGACGGUAAUCCCUCAGCGACCUGCUCAUCCUUCUACUACUAAAUUACCGACUCCAUACGGCUUUGAAGCUAAAUUAUCAUUAAUGAUGUCUCUUCUUAAGAAUAUGUCACCGGAUAAUCCAAACAGACAUCUCAUGGAAACAUUAGUCAGCAUUUGCGCUCAGUCAAUAGUGGCAAACACAAAUGAGACCGAAGAAGAAGAAUCUGAUGAAUUUGGAUCCGUGGGAAGAAUGAGUCCAAGAAUGCGCAACCAUGGAUCCCAUGUUGGCUAUUCUUUAUUCGACCAAAGAGGAUUUAAUGAAGAUUUAGAACAAGAAGAGCCACAACCAGUUUUCCCACAAAUUUUCCAUCUACCUAAGAAUUCACAUAACCCUAGUAACCGAAGAACUCCAUUCUCGAAUCAUGAGCCUUCUUCUGAUGAUGAAUUCAGUGUUGAAUAA